AUGGCUAACGACGAACCAGAGCGAAGCAUCCGCCGUGCAUCACGAUCUCGUUCUCGCGACCGUAAAUCACGUCGCCAUCGAGAUCGUUCACGCGAUCGUUCGCGGGAUCGCGAUAAUAAACGACGUCGUUCACCGCAUGAGAGUAGCCGACACAAACAUAGUCGUUCUCAAUCUCCAAAGGACCGUUCGAAAAAAGAAAAUAAGAGUGAAAAGAAACCAGCGAAAAAAUACAAGUACUGGGAUGUUCCACCCGUGGGCUUUGAACACAUUACUCCUGUUCAAUACAAAGCUAUGCAAUCAUCGGGUCAAAUUUCACAAAUGUUCACUGGAAAAGAUUGGAGUGCCAAUACAGCUGCAGCCACACCAGUACUUGGCAGUCAUGUAGUCCAUCAAUCUCGACGAUUAUACGUUGGAAAUAUUCCAUUUGGUGUUUCUGAAAAUGCGAUGAUGGAAUUUUUCAAUCAACAAAUGCAACUUACUGGCUUAUCACAAACAGAAGGCAAUCCUGUUAUUGCUGUUCAAAUAAAUCUCGAUAAAAAUUUUGCCUUCUUGGAAUUUCGUUCCAUUGAUGAAACAUCUGCUGCUAUGGCGUUCGAUGGAAUUGUUUUUCAAGGUCAAUCACUUAAAAUACGUCGACCACGAGAUUAUCAGGCCAUGCCCGGUGGUGAUUUACCCAAUAUGAAUGUACCUGGUGUCGUCUCAACUGUAGUUACUGAUUCACCGUUCAAGAUAUUCAUUGGUGGUUUACCAAAUUACUUAAAUGACGACCAGCAUAGGCCAGCGAUGCUGAAACUAUUCUCGUUCGAUAAUCAAGGCGACGAACGAAUUCCUCUUUAG